AUGAUGCUGAAGGCUCUAACAACUGCGCAUAGUCUUUUAGUGAUGCGAAAAGACAUGAACAGACUUAUCUCUGCAAAACUGUUUGGUCCAGCUGUUGGAAACUUCAUCGCUGUACGUGCAGAUCCAUCUCGACUUCACAGUGCUAAUAUUCAAUAUGCUCAAUGUGGUAUUUUGGGUAAACAUGCACCUCUUCUAACGGCUAUUGCAUUUAUGCAUUCGUCUAUCUAA